CUCGUUUCGAUCGAGAUUUAUACUGCGAAUCUUUUCUUCAGCAUUUUUAUUUCACACUCAUUUAUUUCAUUUAUAAAUUAUUCCACUCAUAUAUAACCAGUAAUUACAAUAUUGUAAUUAAAUUAUUGUAGUAAAAAAUAGACAGUGUAGUGAUAUAAUAAAUAUAAACAUUGUAAAACUAUUUUAAUAUCAACGCGCGAACUGACGAUCGUAACAAUUUUAUAAAAGAAACAUCGUUGUAGAACAUUUUCAGAUUUCUAAUAAUCCAGAUAAUUCAGAUGUUUCAGUAAAAGAAUAAGGUGAAUUAUUGUUGCAGAUACGCGUAUAAUGCGGCAAAACCAAAAAGCGUAACGAUAGAAAGUGCAAGCGAAAUUGCAAAACGGACAACGGUUAAUUGUCAACAUGGCGGAUAGUGAUUUUCUCAUUACAAUUUCAGGUCCCGCUCUGUCAUUAUUGUUUUAUGAAAAUGUUCGCAGCACCGGGGACCAGAUAUUGAAGCUGUUGUAACUUGUCCACUACCAAAUUCUUUACACAAUUCCAUUGGCAAAAUUAAUAAGGAAAAGUUAAAGGAUUUUUUACGUGAUACCAGCAAACAAGUGAUAGGUUGGUUUCGUUUCAGGAGAAACGUAGGAUUGGUACCUACGUUCAGGGAUAAAUUAUUGCAUAAACAGUUUGCGUCGCACUUUUGCAAUGAAAAUGGUUCCAAAGAAGAAUUUUUUGUUACCUGUUUAUUAAGUUCCUCAACAAGCAGUGAAAAAGGAACUUAUAAGUUUAAACAUGUUUUUUUAAAACAAAACAGAGAAAUAUUUGAACCAGUUCCUUUAAGAAUAAGUAACUUAGGAAGUAAUUCAUUUGCGCAGGAAGGUUUAGAUUAUAAACCUACUCCUACCAAAAAAUCCUCUGAUGCACCAGAUGUAUUUACUAGUUUUAUAGAAUCUUUGAAUUUAGAUCUAACAAAGACAUCUGCAGUUGAGUCAGCUAUUGCUAUACAAAAAGCAGCUGAGGAGCAUCUGAGUCAAUUAAUACCAGACUUGUGUAAAUCUGAUCUUGAAGUAGCAGAGCUUGAAAGACAAAUUAAAGAAUUUAUGCUUAACAAAAAGAAAAAGGCCAAUGAUAAUUUAAAAAAAAAAAUUCAAAUAACUCAAUCCUGUGAAAUUGAAAAAGAUGAAUUUGCUGAUGGAAGACAAAAAUCAGGAAAAAUAUCUCUAUCUAGAAGUGAAUCUUCAGAUGAUAUUUAUCAAGAAUUUCGGACAAAUAAGGACCAUUCUAUUGCACUUAGUCAAACAAUGGCUGCUCAUAAACCGAAGAAUUCAGCAACAUACAUUGAUAAGCACAUUGAUCAAAAUAAAUCCAGAAGAUCGAGUACAAAUAUAGUGAAUAGUCCGAGUCAGGAACCGUCUAUAAAUUCAAUUUCGGAAAUGAAAGUCAAUAUUACAGAAAAUGUGUUGAGUAAGAACAGACGUUUCUCUAAUAUGGAUUCGGAAAUUGUGAAAGAAUCGAUUUGUAAAGGUGAAACGAACGUAUGUGGUGUUGGAAGAGGUAGAGGCAAAUCGACGCACGACAAUUCACUGAAAAAAGCUAGAAGGACCUCAGGCCUAGAGUCAUCUGAGGCAAAUAGUGUACAAAAUGCUUCCUUUCAAACGUCUUAUAAUCAAGUCACAAAGAAAAAAGUAGACCCAGUACGUAAAUCGGAUGCAACAGAUAACCAUUGAAUAAAAGCACUUCCCGUAUUUUUAGUUUACUUCGAAAAUUCUAUAAUGAUAUACUUAAAGUUGUAGAACAUUUUCUACAGAAACGGAAAACAAAUUAAUCAAGAUUUUAAUUGACGCUACGAGCACUGAUGCUACACGCGUAUAUAAUGUAAAUAUUUAUAUAUUUUAAAAUGGACCAUAUUUGUACUAUGUGCAAGACUGGUCUAUUUCUAGGAAAUUUUAAUCUUACAAAGGUAUAAAGAAAAGACGGUAUGCGUCAUGUUCAUAGUAUUGAAUCUGUGCAUUAUAAGCGGAGAGGCAUCAUAGACUGAAAUACCGAAUAGUUUUUAACAUGCGUUUUUUCUGGAUGUUCUAUAUUUAAAAAGUAUUAUUCGCAUUACCGCUUUUUUAUACUAUUUUAAUAAUAUAUCCAAUAUCCUCUCAAACACUGCUCUAUGCUCUUGAAUUAACUAUGAAAUUCAGAAAGAAGUAUACAAUAUGUCUUUUUCUUUCUUUCUUUCUUUUU